AUGUCUGACACAGCAGGCAAGCCGAUCACCUGCAAAGCCGCCGUGGCCUGGGAGGCCGGCAAGGACCUGGUCAUUGAGGAUGUCGAGGUCGGGGUCCCGCAAGCUGGCGAGGUGCGGAUAAAGAUCGACUACACUGGUGUCUGCCACACAGACGCGUACAUGCUUUCUGGUAAAGACCCGGAGGGCGCUUUCCCGGUGAUUGCGGGACAUGAGGGUGCGGGCAUCGUGGAGAGUGUGGGAGAGGGUGUGACGAGUGUGGCGGUUGGGGAUACUGUUGUUGCGCUUUACACACCCGAGUGCAAGGAGUGCAAGUUCUGCAAGUCCGGCAAGACCAACCUCUGUGGCAAGAUCCGCGCCACCCAAGGCAAAGGCGUCAUGCCAGACGGCACCUCGCGCUUCAAGUGCAAGGGCAAGGACCUCUUGCACUUCAUGGGCACCAGCACCUUCUCCCAGUACACCGUUGUCGCCGACAUCUCCUGCGUCAAAGUCACCGACAAGGCUCCCACGGACCGCACCUGCUUGCUAGGCUGCGGUAUCACGACCGGCUACGGCGCGGCAGUCAUCUCGGCCGGCAAUGGCGGCAUCGAGGAGGGCGCUACUGUGGCCGUCUUCGGUGCUGGGUGUGUUGGCUUGAGCGUCAUCCAGGGCGCGGUAGCGAGGAAGGCGAGCAAGAUCAUUGUAGUGGAUGUUAAUGAUUCGAAGAAGGAGUGGAGCUUCAAGUUUGGCGCGACGGACUUUGUCAACCCAACGUCCAAAACGGAUGUCAAGGAGGGCGAGACGAUCCAGAGCAAACUGGUGGAGAUGACGGAUGGUGGACUCGAUUACACUUUCGACUGCACCGGUAAUGUGAACGUCAUGCGCUCAGCGCUCGAGGCGUGUCACAAGGGCUGGGGCGAGAGCAUCAUCAUUGGUGUCGCGGCUGCUGGGCAGGAGAUCAGCACACGUCCAUUCCAACUCGUCACGGGCCGCAGGUGGAAGGGCUGCGCUUUCGGCGGUGUCAAGGGCCGCACGCAGAUGGGCGGACUCGUCGACGACUACAUGAACGGCAAGCUCAAGGUCGACGAGUUCAUCACGCAUCGUCAGAACUUGGGUGGGAUCAACCAGGCUUUCCAUGAUAUGCAUGAUGGAGACUGCAUCCGGUGUGUGGUGGAUAUGAAGAAGGUGUAA